CGGACCAUUGCCAUGUGAGUUGUAAUCAAUACGCUGCUAUAAAUGGCCUCGCAAAGACGACCGCUGUGAAUUGUUUAUCAACCCAAAUAAGAUAGGCAACUGCCAUGGCGGACUUAAAAUCGAUCCUUCACUCUGGGUACCAGCAUCCCGUCUCACGGUCAUGGCAAGCGCAAGGGCGAAGCUUGACCAAGGACAUGUUCAUGUACCCUUUGUUCAUCACCGAUGAUGCUGACGCAGAGAUUGAACUGACUUCCAUGCCGAAUCAGAGGCGUUGGGGCGUUAAUAAGCUCGAAGGGUUCCUUGGACCGCUCGUUAAGAAGGGACUGAAAAGCGUAAUCCUUUUCGGCGUGCCUGAGCGCAAGCCCAAGGACGUGAUUGGGACACUCGCGGACGACCCCGAAGGGCCCGUCAUCUCCGCCAUCAAGACUCUGCGUAAAGCGUUCCCUUCACUGUACAUCGCCUGUGAUGUGUGUUUGUGCGAAUACACUUCGCACGGCCACUGCGGUAUCCUCUUUGAAGACGGAACGAUCGACAACAUGCCUUCCAUCGAACGCCUUGCACAAGUUGCUGUCAAUUAUGCUAAAGCGGGUGCACACUGCGUAGCGCCGAGUGACAUGAUGGACGGGCGCAUCAAAGCGAUCAAGGCUGGUCUAUUAAAGGAGGGCUUAGCGGGCCGAACGACGCUCAUGUCCUACAGUGCUAAAUUUGCCAGCGGCUUGUAUGGGCCGUUCAGAGACGCAGUCGACUCAACUCCUUCGUUUGGAGACCGUCGAUGCUAUCAGUUGCCCGUCGCCGCGCGCGGGCUCGCACGGAGGACGAUCAUGCGAGAUGUGGAAGAAGGCGCUGAUAUCAUCAUGGUCAAGCCUGGUCUACCGUACCUUGACAUUGUCAGCGAGGCGAGGGAGCUCGCGCCAAACCACCCAAUCGCGAUUUACCAGGUUAGCGGGGAAUUCGCAAUGAUUCACGCAGGCGCCAAAGCGGGUGUAUACGAGCUCAGGAGGAUGGCUGAGGAGACUUGCGUCAGCGCUGUCAGAGCCGGUGCAACGCUGUUGCUCAGCUACUUUACACCGGAAUUUUUGGACUGGCUUGACGAACCUUAUGGAGCGUAAAAGUCUGUAUACGGACUGAGAGCUACAGAACAGCAUCCUCGCUUGCGGGUAAUUAUCCUCGAAAAGCGUUUUCCUUUCUGGGGUCGCCCUCAAAUUCAUCGAUUCCGCGCUGCACUCUGCGUCCACCCAUUUUCUCGCUCAUUUCCAUGUCAAGCGUGUCGAGACUUUCGGUAUUGAAACAGUCACGAAUUUUGAAGCAGAAGCC